UUAUAAAAAUCUAAUAAUUGUACAAACAAAAAAACACCGCAAAAUUGUGCAUUUGAAUCGGGAAGUGCAGCGCUUACAUGUGCAACAUGUUAUUUUUUUGAUGACCGCAUCCACGCCCAUCGACGCCGACAACGUUUUUGACCUCGUUCGCAAAUAAGUAAACGAAAAAUAUGGAUAAUGCCCAUUACAUCUUCAAAGACGUCGAUUUCACAGCAACGAAAGACAACAAUUUACCUUCAAGCGAUGUCAAUAUAAAAGAAGAAGCAAUAGUGGAUGAAGAUAUUCUUCUACUGACUUCGGCUGAGAUGGAAGAGUUCUCCAGAGACUCCAGCAACUUUCGGAUGGUGGAGGACAUUGUGGACGGUGACGCUUUGAUGGAGAACUCUUCGUUCAACAUUCAACAAUUGAAUGACCCUCAAAUGAAUCAAACGCUCACGGGGGAAAACUUCACCAAACUCCCCAUUGACGUUGGAAGCUUUUAUAAAAUGGACCAGAUGAAAACUGACAGGAAUAUGACCCAUUUUGUCAAGUACAAAAUACAAGAUGGGAGGCAUUCCAAAGUUUACGAAUGCGGAAUUUGUUCGAAAGAAUUCGGUCAUCAGUAUACCCUCAUGAGACACCUCCCGACCCACACCGAUGAAAGAAAAUUCCAGUGCAACACCUGUGGUAAAGCUUUCAGACAGAUGUCAACUUUAUCGCAGCAUCGAGCCAUACAUUCGGCGGAACGGCCCUAUGUGUGCGAGAUAUGCCAGAAGACGUUCAAUCGCGUAUCUACCCUGAUAUCGCACAGGAAAACCCACACCGACCACAAACCUCACCGAUGUCACCUCUGCAACAAGGCAUUUCACCAGAAAGGGAACUUACGAAAUCACAUCUUCACUCACACCAACGAACGUCCCUACAAGUGUGACGUGUGUUCGAAGGGAUUUAACCAGAUGUCAAACCUAAUGUGUCAUAAACUCAAGGCCCAUCAAAGGGUUGAUAAACCAAAAUAUGUUUGUCAGAUAUGCGGGAAAGAUUUCCAGAAGCGAAUUGGUCUGAGGAAUCACGAGCAGUAUCAACACGGCAUGCAAAAUGGGGACGUCGCGAAUACACCAACAAGAAUCAAGUAUACUAAUGGCGUUUUGGUAGACCCGAUCAACACAGUUGCUAUGCAACAUGCCUUGGCUACCAAUCAGACCCCUUUCGCGCUGCUAAGGCCCCUGAAUGGCAUACCUGUUUUGGUUAGGGUCCUUGCAGCGGGUGACAAGCAGAUGUUGGUUCCGGCGACAGCAGAAGACCUUAAAAGACACGGCCAAAUCACGAUAACACAGAAACAAGAAAACGCUACUAAAGAGGACAAAAUAUCCAAUGAUAAUGAAAAUCCUGCCAAGGACGGCGAAGAGAAUCAAGGAAGUACCGUUCAAAUCAAGAUCCCGGUCGUAGCAACAGUUGUGCAACGUUGCGGCACGGACGGAAACAUGUCGCUGUCGGUCCAGAGUCCCGGACCCGGCAACGGGGGAUCCUGCUACGAAACAACGGCGAUGUCGCAAGCCACGGCGGCAGCCGCUUCAAGUUGUUGCAUGGACGGAACCGGCGGUGGUGGUAGCGGCGUAGCUAUGAUGCCAACUUCCACCAUCGCCGAGGACAAGGACGGCAACUUUAUGUUCACGACGACCGCGCCCGACGACGACCCGCUCGGCGUCGCUGCCGCUUCCGUUAGGGACGCUCGCUGCGACCCGCUGUCCGACGUCGGCGUCGGUGGUGCGGUUGCGGACGCUAUCGUCACGUCCGAUGCCGACGUCGUUAUCACGAAAUCGAACAACUCCAAAGGUAGUGACGAAGACGGUUCGGGAUUGACCUUGCCGGUUAGAGAAAAUGAAACUGUUUCUUCACUAUCCACACCUCAAAUCCAGUUCUUGGAUGAAUCGGGAAAUGUUAUGACCGAAACGGAAUUCAAGCAGAAAACCUCAUAUUACACUUAUGAUGAUGACGGAUCGAUCACCGAUGACAAGACGAUCGUGGAAUUGUAUCGAAAUAUUAAAAGCGAUAUACAAAAAGAGCUUUACCGAGGAGAUCGGUACGAUAGACACAAUACGAACCGUCCAAGUCAUGUCAGAAAAUGUGGCAAUACAAAUGGACUGUACCCUGUCUCUUUCUACGAGAAAAACCACAAAGAUUACGAACCGUACCCUUUUGAAAGCAGCGAGAAGUAUCGGCAUGUUCCUCGCAAAAAUUCAUUCCGAAAAUCUCGCUCCAAUUAUCGUCAUUAUUCUUCGACAAAAUUUGCCGACGACGCCACAACAACUGCAACGGAUUCAGACAUCACCUUUAUCUACUUAUCGCCGAAACAUAAACGGAAACAAGAUCGGGUUUACAUCGACUCACGUUACGACCCUCCAAAAUGUAAACAAAGAUCGGAACCGUUCAGGAAAAGAUCGUCAACCAAUUCGUCGCAGAAGAAAACAAAUGGAAGCUCGAAGUACAGCACGAAAAAAAAAGGAACCAACGGUAAUGGUAAUGGCAAUGGUAAAGACAAACUUUUGGACAUACAAUUGCCUACUUUACCGACUGUUUCGGCUAAACACGACGACGAAGAAGAGAGAAAUCACGUUAUGUUCCCGAAUGCAAAGAAGAAGGGCGAUGUCAGAGAACCGGAAACUUGGUGCUUUCGCUGCCUGAGGAAGGUCAAACCUAAGGCCAUGGCCACUUGCACCACACCAUACUACCAGAAAUUUAUCGUAUAUUUUUGCUCCUGCUGGAUACCGCCCUUAAAAGUACGAAACGUUGUAUACGUGUGUCCCUAUUGUUGCACCGUGCUAUCUCCGAAUCCAUUCGCUGCUGCAUUCGGCGCCAAUAGUGAUAAUCAUUCCACUUGA